AGAAACAUUGGAAAUGUUACUUUCCAUUUUCUCUUUUUAGACCAUCCAAUUAUGAUGGAUUUUGAGCCCCUUGUGAACCAGAGGCUACUUCCACCCACCUUCCCUCGGUAUGCAAAAAUAAUUAAAAGAGAAGAAAUGGUCAACUAUUUCUCAAGAUUAAUAGAGAGAAUAAACUGUGAAGUUGUGAACUUAACCAACUUACAUUGUAUCCUGACCACUUUCCUAGUGGAUAACAAAAAGGUCUUUGGAACUCAUCUCAUGCAAGACAUGGUGAAAGAUGCUCUUCGGUCUUUUGUCAGUCCUCCGGUGCUUUCUCCCAAGUGCUGCCUAUAUAAUAAUCACCAGGCUAAGGACUGUAUCGACUCCUUUGUUACUCACUGUGUUCGGCCGUUUUGUAGUCUUAUUCAGAUCCACGGGCAUAACAGGGCUCGACAGAGAGAUAAACUUGGGCAUAUUCUCGAGGAAUUUGCUACCCUGCAGGAUGAGGCGGAGAAGGUUGAUGCAGCGCUUCACACUAUGUUGCUGAAACAGGAGCCCCAGAGGCAACAUUUGGCCUGCUUAGGAACCUGGGUCCUGUACCACAACCUUCGAAUUAUGAUUCAGUAUCUGCUUAGUGGCUUUGAAUUGGAGCUGUACAGCAUGCAUGAGUACUACUACAUAUACUGGUAUCUCUCUGAAUUCCUUUAUGCAUGGCUGAUGUCAACACUGAGUCGCGCUGAUGGCUCUCAGAUGGCAGAGGAAAGGAUAAUGGAAGAGCAGCAAAAAGGCCGUAGCAGUAAAAAAACAAAGAAAAAAAAGAAAGUUCGCCCAUUGAAUCGAGAGAUCACAAUGAGCCAAGCGUAUCAGAAUAUGUGUGCUGGAAUGUUCAAAACCAUGGUUGCAUUUGACAUGGAUGGCAAAGUAUGCAAGCCCAAGUUUGAGCUUGAUAGUGAACAAGUACGGUAUGAGCACAGGUUUGCUCCAUUCAACAGUGUGAUGACCCCACCACCAGUGCACUCCCUGCAGUUCAAGGAAAUGUCUGACCUCAAUAAAUACAGCCCUCCUCCUCAGUCUCCAGAACUGUAUGUGGCAGCUAGUAAGCACUUUCAGCAAGCAAAAAUGAUACUGGAAAAUAUCCCCAACCCAGACCCUGAGGUCAACAGAAUUUUAAAGGUUGCCAAACCCAACUUUGUAGUUAUGAAGCUAUUAGCAGGAGGACACAAAAAAGAGUCAAAGGUUCCUCCUGAAUUUGAUUUCACUGUUCACAAAUAUUUUCCUGUUGUGAAACUUGUUUGAAAGAGACUGCAGAGAUGACCGUGUCUACUCUUCAGGGGUACAUCCAUAAGUCUUACCACAUACGUGAAGUGAAAUGGAUUUCUUGGAAAAAAACCCAUUAUAAGGAAUAUAUUUAGUUUGACACCUUUACCUGACAUGAGUGAAAACUGCUGUUUUAAAGUGGCUUGUUCUGUUCCAUGGGUGAAACUGGCCUUAAGGAAUGCAUUGAUGAACGUUAUAUGGUUUUAUUACAGACUUCAUUAUAACUCAUUUUUUUAGAAAUGAUUGAGUGACAUAGUGUUUGUAAAGGUUAAUAAAUUUCUUGACAAAAA